GAGGGUUACUUAUAGAUGUAUAAGAGGGAGGACGGCCCAGAGAGUGGACACAUCAGAUCUAGAAAGAAGAGCUUCAGUCACUGCACAAAGAAGAGCAGUGUGUCUGCUCAUUGACCUUUGACCUCUACUGACCCUGCCGGCCAGCUCAAGUCCCAUCUCUGUUCAUUCAAGAGGGUCCAGUCUUCUAGCUCAAGCAGAAGCCACCCAGAACUCCAGCCCAGGUCCAAACCACCACCACCACCAUCAUCACCACCACCACCUCCAUCCUCACACCACCUCCCACCUCAUAGCCAUGGCAACUACCACCACUGGAAACAGCAGCAGUUCAGACCAGAAGUCCACCACUUCCCCACUAAUGGCCAAACCUACCAGCCAGCAGCGACUGGUAAGCAAGGAUGGACGUAGUCUCCUGAGGGGCCCAGCGGCUGGUGGACGGGCGACCUGGGUGGGGGCGCUGCGGGACAUGUGGGGGGCAUGGCUGUCUCUGCGCUGGCGCUGGGUGGUCCUGGCCUUCUGCGGCUCCUUCCUCCUCCACUGGCUCCUCUUUGCCGUCCUGUGGUACCUGCUAGCCCGGGCUAACGGAGACCUGGGCGUCGACCAUGACAACCCACCCCCGGGUCACACGCUGUGCGUCAAAUACGUGACCGGAUUCACGGCGGCAUUCUCCUUCGCUCUGGAGACCCAGCUGACCAUAGGGUACGGGACCAUGUACCCCAAUGCUGACUGUCCCACCGCUAUCGCCCUCCUCGCCCUGCAGAUGCUGCUGGGACUCAUGCUGGAGGCCUUCAUCACUGGUGCGUUCGUGGCCAAGUUCUCUCGCCCCCAGAAGCGCUACAGCGGGAUCCUGUUCAGUCCGCAGGCCGUGGUUUCCGAGAUCGAAGGUCAGCGUUGCCUGAUGUUCCGCGUGUGUAACCUGCUCUCCAGGCCGCUGGUGGACGUUUGCGUGAGCGCCGUUCUCUACGAAGAACGUGAUGAUAUGACCCUGCACCAGACCUCCCUCGAGUUCCAGCUCGACGGCCUGGGGUCACGUCCCUGCCCCCUCUUCCUGUCACCGCUGACAUUUAUUCACCCAGUGACACCGGACAGCCCACUAAACCGCAUUCUCACGCCUGGCAGUCAGUCGCAUUUCGAGGUGGUGGUGUUCCUCUCCGCCUCCCAGGAAGGCACGGGCUCUGCCUACCAGAAGAGGACGUCCUACCUGCCUGACGAGAUCCAGUUUGGCCGGCGCUUUUCCAAGGCAAUGGUUCUACGUGGCAACGAACGGCGGAACAGCACGGAGGCCAUGCGCUAUUUUGACACACACCUCUGCUCACUCACAGCCCCCAACUCUCGGGACAAGGAAUGUGUGGUGCAGAUCAAUGGUGAAGGAAACGACAAGAUGGAAUAGAUCUACGUAGCGUCUG